GCCGGCAGCAAUCAGCAAACAGCUGGUGGAGCUGCUGAGCUCGUUAUAGGAGCUACUGCUCAGAGAAAUGCUGGUGAAAACGCUGUGAGAGCAGGAGUUUUUAAAGAGACAGGAACCCAAUUUUAAAACCACCAAGUUAUGAAGUAAAUUUUCUUUUAACUCAUAUUUGAUAUUUGAACAACUGAAGUAACAUAGAUACUUGAUUGUGCUAUAUAAUGUCACUAUGCAUGUAAACACAUCACACAGCCCUGCUGCUCAAAGGCGUUUAUGUUGCUGUUCCUGUUUACACUCAGUUCAGAUCAUCUGCAGGUUUUUCUCUCCCUGUGAUUCACCAGAGUCUAGAACCUGGAGGUCAGUUUUAGCUCUUACUUCCUGUUUAAACGGAGCAGAAAGACUCAGUAGCUGCAGAUUUCUGUUUCUGUUUUAUUUUGAAAGUCGUGCCAGGAAGUGGCUCACCUCACCUCCAUGUAACUUGACUGAGGCUCAUCUGACCUGUACUGUCCAACAGCUGGGAUGAAACUGGGAUCUGUGUUUGGGAAAAAAGAGAGGGAAUGAACAGCACUCCGCCAGGAUUCCGGUUGGUGUGUGACUAACUUCUUCUACUGGUUCUGGUUCUGGUUCUGAUCUGGUUCUGGUUCUUCUCUCUAUCUUUGGGACCUCAGAUGUGUGUGCAGUAGGAGUGUGUGUGUUUGACUCCUGAUGCUGAUGGACUCAUGUUUCCACUUCAACAAAACCUCUGAAAUAAAGUGCAGGAAGCUUUUAGUUUUUAGAUCAUUUGUUGAAAUCUGAACUUGUUUUCAGUGAGUGAAGCUCCAGGUUUACAGAAAUAAAGAAUAAACCCAUCAGUUGUUUCACCUAACCAGGUGUUUCCUCUGCAUUGUGCUCCAGAGGAGGGCUUUUUUGCUGACAGGGUCCAGUAGGGAUUAAAACGCGGGCGACCCAGGCCCCCCGCCCCUGGCUCUUUGUUGGCCCCCUGGUCCCUGUUGUGUUUUUUCCACUGAGUGGGUCAGUGUGUUUAGGGGGAGAUAAAAGGCUACAUGAUUUCAUGAGAGAGAAAGAGAGGUGGAAGAGUUCAGCUGCAGGUUUGUGGAGUCCUGGCCGCGAGGGCCCGGAGCCACCCAGAGUCACACAGGGGACGUCAGAGAGCAAAUCAUGUCUUUAAACUACAUCAAGAACUUCUACGAAGGAUGUCUCAGGCCUCCUACUGUCAUCGGCCAGUUCCACACGCUGUUCUUUGGCUCGGUUCGGAUGUUCUUCCUGGGUGUUCUUGGCUUCGCGGUCUACGGGAAUGAAGCUCUGCACUUCAGCUGCGACCCGGAUCGACGAGAGCUCAACCUGUUCUGCUACAACCAGUUCAGACCCAUAACACCUCAGGUCUUCUGGGCGCUGCAGCUGGUAUCUGUCCUGGUUCCUGGAGCGUGGUUCCACCUGUACGCCGCCUGUAAGAAUAUAGAGCAAGAGGAAAUUCUUGAACGGCCCAUCUACACCGUCUUCUACAUUAUCUCCGUUCUGCUCCGCAUCAUUCUAGAAAUCAUCGCCUUCUGGCUACAGAGCCACCUCUUUGGUUUUCAGGUUCACCCGGUCUACGUCUGUGAUGCCAGCUCCUUGGAGAAGGCCUUCAAUGUGACUAAGUGCAUGGUACCUGAACACUUUGAAAAAACCAUCUUCCUCAGUGCUAUGUACACUUUCACUGUGAUCACCAUUCUUCUCUGCAUUGCUGAGAUAUUCGAAAUACUCUGCCGGAGACUUGGUUAUCUCAGCAAUCAAUGACAGAAAGGUUCAUGCACAAACACAGUGAGUGAAAAUAUCUGUCAUAUUUUCAAACUGUUCAUGUUGGGCUCAUUGUCAAUGGGACUUUCAUGAAGCAGAACGUUGGUGCUAGAGUCGGACCUCACCUGUGGUACGUCAGUAAGCAGCACCAGGAAAUCUGGGAAGGUGCAGGCAUGUCAGAGCUGGCCAGAACCAGCUGUUCUUUUGUUUGCUGCCCUUACGUAUAGAAUGACCAUCCAUUGGUGUAUUUCAGAAGACGGUUCUGUACUGGUUUGGUCGAAAAGUGUUGAAUGAUUGGACUGGAUGGCCAGAAAGUGUCAGCUUCUUAAAGCUGCUAAGAUCUCAUGCAUUUCUUCUGAUUAGUGGAGAAGGAAAGCUCGUUUUGACCCAAACUUGAAGAUUUUUUUUAACUGAAGAUUCACAGAGAUCUGAACAUUUCUUGGAGAUGAACCUCAGAUCUAAUAUUAUGCUGAACAAAAGUUUGUAGGGUUGAGAUGGUCACAUUAUAUGAUCUUCUUUUCACCAUAUACAUUGAUUUUUGAGCAAUCUAGUGCAUCUUCUCUUGAACUCAGAUUACUGCUGACAGUUAUUGUUUGAUAAAGCUAAAACAAAAAGUCGGUGGUCCUGAAAGAAGCCCAAAGUCUCCCACCAACCCAGUGCCCCAGAAAGGCCAAUAGAUUGAAUUAAUCUCCAUGAAAUUCAAAGCAAUCAAAAUGUCUUGACCCAGACCUCGUCACUAAAAGAGAUACAAGCUCAGUGUAACUUUAGUAUAACAAAGUAAGAAAAAGAAGCAAUAGAAAACUUGGUUGUGUUGAUUUUUUUUUGAGAAUAUGUCAAAAAUCUAUCUGUGCUCAUUGAGAAUAUUUUUCAAUGAGCACAGAUAGAUGCUCCCCUCCCCAAUACAACAAACAGUUAAUAAUAAUUUUAAUGGAUGUGAACAAAACUAGAUGGAAAUUUGAAGUUGCUUCUGUUAUGAUGAUCCUGAGUUUGUUUACAGCAUCUGCCCUUAAUCUUUGUUCACAUCUGAUUCUGGUCUUUUAGUCCUUAACCACUGAAUUUAACAUAAUGUCCUCUACAUACCCAUUUAUUUGAUUUAAGCUACUUAAUGCAUUUUUCCUUUUGAUGUCAGUGUCUGUCCUUGGAUGUAUGAUUUAAUCUUCUGUACUAUUUUACUAUUUUUUACUCAGACAUCCAUCCAACUUUUGUUAUGAAGUUUUUAGCAAUCUGUUUAUCAUCUCAGGUACAGGAUUGUAUAACAAGACAAAAGUGGAUCAGACCAGAUACCUGUUGGCUAAGUCUGCAGAGUAAACUAAUCACUGUACAGUUCCUCUUCAGGGCUUCUUUCAUGACCCACCCUGCAUGCUACCAGUGAUUGAUUUCAUCCAUUAGUAUUUUAAACCUCCAUGCAUUUGUAUAUCCAUUGCAUACUUCCCAGUCUAAUUGCAGGAAUUUCAGGAGGUUAGCUGGUAGCAGCUAGUCCAGAUUAGGAUGCUAACUGUGGGUGGUUGCUAGCAUGCUAACCAGCAACAUUUAAAACUGUAAAACAUUAGGAGAUGUUUUCUCAUGUGGCACAUGUUAAAGGUUUCAACAUGUGAUCAUGUGUAUGAAAUUUCCACUACUGCAUGUUUUCUGCUUUAAUUCCUAUUCAUACUCUAGUUUGUACUCAUUUUGCUAAGUGUAAAGAAACGGUAAAUGCUUUCUACAUCCAUUUCCCACAUCUCUCUUUGUACUGACAUAAUUUCACCCCUCAAAUAUGUUUUCAGUAUCUUAGCUACAGGAAGGCACCUCAUGACCAAUGUAUGCACAUUAAAAC